AUGGCUGAUUAUGUACGUCACAAUGAAUCUCCUUCACCCUUAUUCACAUUUAAUGGUCAUGGUUCAGAAGGUUUCGCUCUGGACUGGGGUACUCAUACUAAUUCUUCUGGACAUUUAGCUACAGGAGAUUGUAAUGGUCGUAUUUAUCACUGGACACCUAGAUCUUCUGACUGGGCUGUAUCAAAUAGAGCUUAUUUAGGUCAUACAGAUUCAGUUGAAGAUAUUCAGUGGUCUCCUACGGAACCAACUGUAUUUAUCUCUGUUUCUUCGGAUCAUAGUAUACGUGUUUGGGAUGUUCGCGCACCAAUAUCGAGUGGAAGCAUGCUUACAGUCCAAGAAGCCCAUCCAGCUGAUAUAAAUGUUGCUUCUUGGAAUAAGUUGCAAGCUCUUAAUUUGCUAACGGGGGGAGAUGAUGGAACUUUAAGAAUAUGGGAUUUACGAUUAGUUCACAGUUGUUACAGUGGCAAAAAGUCAAACGAUGGAUCUGUACCUGCUUAUACGCACUUAUUUGAUUACCACAAGAAACCAAUCACAUCAGUGGAAUGGCAUCCGAAUGACGCUGGAGUGUUUGUAGCUACAUGUGAAGACGAUCAAGCUACAUUCUGGGACAUUAGUUUAGAACAAUCUGAACAAGAAUUAAAACAGUCAAAUGAAUCAAGUUCAAAUCAUGAGGCAGAUGAAGAUUUAGGCAUACCAGUUCAAUUGUUAUUUGUUCAUGGUGGCCAAACAGAGUUAAAGGAAGCACACUGGCAUCCACAAAUACCAGGACUAG